AUGCCAAGAAACGUAGUACAACCUCCCUGCCUCUUCCUCUCUUUCCUCCCACCGCCUCCAACGUCCCUCAACACAACUAGCCCACUCCUCAACCCCCCCCCCCCAACAGGAAAAACACAACCACUGCCCAAAGAAUGCAGAUGCAUAAUAAUAAAAAGAUAUGAGUAA